ACUUUUAUUCACUCAUUCAUUCGCUCUGGAUUUUUGUUCCGUAGAGUAGAUGGUGUGAUUCAUGAUAGGAGAAAUUAAAUAUUUUGUCCCAAUUUCCGUUUGAUCCAGCAAGAAAUGGGACUAGAUUUGAAGUGAUGAAUCCUAGAUAAAUAAAGUUAAUCAUCGUCAUAGCCCGUGAAACUGACGGAAAAUUAGGAUGGAGAACAAUAUAAGCCGCAGUGGGAGUCGGUCGAGCUCCGUCUGCGAGCUAGAAAAAGAUUUCAACGAAAUGGAAAUCUUGAAAACUAGGACGAACCGUCGCACCGUGAUGCUCCGAACACCACCUGCGCGGAAAGCAAAACGAAUUAGAUUUUUUCGAAACGGUGAUAAAUUUUACUCUGGGGUAAUAAUCCCAGUCUUGCCAGAGCGAUACAGGUCCUUUGAUAGUUUAACUGCAGAUUUGACAAGGGUCCUAGUUGAUAAUGUCACAUUGCCCAGUGGAGUGAGGACUAUUUAUUCACUAGAAGGUAGAAAAAUAGGAAAAUUGGACGACUUAGAAGAUGGGCAGUCAUAUGUAUGCAGUGGGUUUGGGGAGCCGUUCAAGCGGCUGGACUACGAGGCGAGCGCUGUGACGCCGCAGUCCUUCCGGCUGAGUGGUCCGGAGUCCCUUGACAGCGCCAGCCCAUCCCCUGCGAGGGCUAACAAUAACAGGCUGUCCCGGUAUUUGCAGGCAAAUGGUAGUAGCGCUACUGGCAACGGGACAGCGCGAGUGAGCCCCGCCGGCGAAAACGUGGUGCGACCGCGAAUAGUUACAGUUAUUAGGAAUGGAGUCAAACCUCGGAAGGUAUGUCGACUGCUGCUUAACAAACGCAACAGCCCGACACUCGAGCACGCGCUGGCCGCGAUCACCGACUGCAUCAAGCUGGACACGGGCUGUGUCAGAAAGGUCUUCACUCAGUCCGGGUCCGCCGUAACCGCGCUACACCAGUUCUUUGAGGACGAAGAUGUCUUCUUCGCGUAUGGGAACGAAAGGGUCAAUCAGGAAGACUUUGAAUUAGAAUUUGAAGAGAGCAAGGCUGUAUUACAAUGUAGGAAAACGCCAAUUACUAGAAAUUCAAGAACGGGUCCGAAGCCCCGGAUGCCAGUGAAGGCGGGCGGCGGGGCUGCGCGUGCCUCCGCCGAGCCCAGUGGCGGCGCCGCCGGGGACAACGCGGAGGCCGACGCCGCGCCGCUACUGCCGCAGCCGCUCCGGCUCAAGUAUAACGUGGGCAAAAUUAUAGGUGAUGGUAAUUUCGCCGUAGUCCGGUUAUGUAAAGAUAAGACGAGCGGCAAAGACUACGCGCUUAAAAUCAUAGACAAAGCAAAAUGCAAGGGCAUGGUGCAUUAUGUUGAAGCAGAGGUACGUGUUAUGAGAAAGCUCUGUCACCCCCGCAUCGUGUCUCUCAUCGAGGAGCAGGAUAGUCCUGAAUGGUUGUUCCUAGUCAUGGAACUUGUCAGCGGUGGCGAUUUGUUCGAUAGUAUCGCGGCCGCUUCCAAAUUCUCUGAGCCACAAGCGCGUUUGCUAAUCGGCCACUUAACAUCAGCUAUCGCAUACCUACACUCGCUUUCUAUCGUGCAUCGUGACAUCAAACCAGAAAACUUAUUGGUGGAGGUGGGCCCCGACGGCAGUAUCCGCGGGCUGAAGCUGGCUGACUUCGGCCUCGCGGUGGAAGUGUGGCGGCCGCUACACGCCGUCUGCGGCACUCCCACCUACGUCGCGCCGGAGAUCCUGCUCGAAACUGGAUAUGGGCUUAAGAUCGACGUGUGGGCAGCGGGGGUGAUCCUAUACAUCCUGCUAUGUGGGUUCCCGCCGUUUUCCUCCCCGGACGGCGACCAGGAAAAGUUGUUUGAUGCGAUCCUGUCUGCGCGGCUGGAGUUCCCCGCGCCGCACUGGGAACGAGUGUCUGCUGGUGCUAUAGACUUGGUGGCCAACAUGCUGCGCCCUCAGCCCGAGCUACGGUUUGCUGCCGAAGACGUGCUUGACCACGCCUGGAUGGCGGAGGAUUAUGACGAGAGUAGUGACUUCCGCACGUGGUACGACGAGGACUCGUCAUAGCUGAGCGAGCCCCGCAGCACGGCCGGCGCUGCGCCCACGUGACACCGAGCCUCGCCCGGGCCCCGCCCACGCCGCGCACGCUGCCACCACGGUGCUCAUUCUGUCCACUCAUCGUCAUCAUCCAUACGAUGACUGAUGAACACAGAAACUGAUGGACUGAUUCAAACCCCGAUGUAAAACAGUUCCGAGUUGAAUCUCUGUGCCUACAUCACGGAAUGGCUGUUCAAAGUGAGCGUUUCCCGACGAGUGACCCGCGUACCACACGUAACCCGCGUAGCGUUAGAAUGGUGGUGUAAGCGCCGCGCCGUAGUAUCGCCUGGAGUUAAGAAAACGCUUGCAGCCUUAGACGAGUGCUAACCACAGCAGCGUAUGCCUUUCAAAUAUGUUGACACCAAUACCAAAGUUUUAUUAUCUUAAUUUAUUAUUUUUAUCCGAUAAACGAAGAUGCUGCGUUCGUGUCAUGAAAUAUUUUAUAUCUACAGUUAUUUAUUAGGAUAGCCGCGCAUGCAGCAUCAUUGUUUCAUAUUUUAUUUUAAACGUCAUAAGUACGCCCGUCUCGGUGAACAAUGCUGGGGAUCGUUCGUCGAAGUUAUAUUUUCUGCUUCCUUUGGUGCAACUUCUCCAAUAAGUACAUUACAUUGCGGGCACAUUAUAACACCAAUUUCAUCGACCAUGAACGAUCUCUAAUGGUUCUCUUGUGUUAUUUUGUUAUCCAAUCAAUAAUAGAUUGAAGUAGGAUUAAAAUUUUAUAGGUAAUAUUUAUAAAAAGAUUUAUUUUGUGAUAUAACACUGUAAUAUAUGAGUAAUAUAAUAAUAUUUAAUUAUUUGAAUGAAUGAAUUCAUAUUUACGAGUAUAGAUAGAGCACCGCGCUUGUAUAAUUACCGCUUUUAGGCUCCGUUUGCGCCCUUGCUUCUAUUUUAAAAAGCGGUUAUAGAACUAGUUUUAAUAUCAUAUCACAUUUUAUUAUUCGUAAUGAAAUUAUGACUUUAAAAUAAUCAGCAUCUUCCUAUCGGCGAAGGGGAACCUUGAAGCGACUUAAACAUUAAUUCAUUAUUUCAUAACUUAUUAGGUGCCAAAAUUUCACCUGUAAUGAUUGGAUCGGUCGGAUUGUAUUCACGUAUGCAGCAAUCGUAUGUUCCUCGAAUAAUGUCUUAUUGCUAUUGUUGAUGAAUUUCGUUUAGUUUUAUAAAUAUAUAGUUUUAUGUCACCAUGAUAUAAUAUACCAAUCGCAGUGAAAUUGUCCCAAAAAAAUAAAACAAAUCAUAUGUUUUCUUUCUGAUGUCUUUUGCAUGUUGUUUGUAUGCGAUAGCUUGUAUUGAUGAUGAUUAGUUAUUAUUUAAAUUGUUUCCGAAGUAACCAAUGUUAAGUUGUCCAUGUGUGCUGAAAUCGGACAAUAACCAUUUAAAUGGCAAAUAUGUAGUGAAGAUCGUGCUACAGAUUAAUCUUUGAUAUAUACUGACUGAAUAUUAGGUAUAAGCAAUAAUUUUUAAAAACAAGAAUUUCUGAGCCCUAUUUUCACUACUUAUUUGUAAAGAAACAAUUACAGUCCCUCCAUAACAUUGUAUUGCAUUUUUGGGGCAAGUUUUAGACCACAGCAAAUCGUUACAUUCCGAUUCUGUAUUUCUGUAUUACAGUAUAUUUUAUAAUGAAACUUGAACUUAAUCAAUGAAGUUUAUUGACAAAUAAUAAGUACAUAAAAUAGAAUAAAUAAAUGAAUUAAUAAAUUGUGAACAAGAGAAAUGAUAGCUGUACAUUUAUUAUUUUUAUUAGAUGAGCCUACUGUCUUGAAAAUAUGCAAUAUUGGUCUAGAUUUUUUUUUGUUAUGAUUAAAUGUGGCAAGGAAUUAAGUUUCCAAUGACAGACUAUCAUUUCUAGUUUACCUUUGAAGUAAGAUUGUAAAAACUGUGUUAUACGUUUUUAUUUGUAACAUCAAAAUAUGUAUCAAAGCGGCACUGUUUCUACAAUAAUGGAUAUUUUGGAGAAA